AUGUGUUCAUUAUUUAUUGUUGUUUUUGUCUUUGUUGUUACAGGUUGUGCUUUUUUGACUUUUGUCAGUCGUUCAUGUGCACUUCAGGCUGUUCGUAAAAUGAAUCAAUCACAGAUUUUUGAGGGUUGCAAUAAACCAGUUGUUGUUAAAUUUGUUGAUGGAGGAAAGGAAAAGAAUGCAGGAACAAAGCGAUUAGAUGUAAAUAGAGGAGAACCUAACAACAAUUCUGGUGCUAUGACACAAUUGCAAAACACUGUUGGACAGAAGUCCGGAAUUGAAAUAUUAACAAAUUUGGCAUCAAUACUCCAACAGCCAGGAGUUGCCUCUCUUUUAAAUUCGGCAAUCUCGCCUCAAUUACCACAAAGAGAAUUAAAUGAUGCAAUUCAUUAUGGUGGAUUUGAAAAACCAGCAAUUACUCCUGGAAUCUUUCCAAAUGUAAAUCAAAAAUCUGACACUCAAUUAGCAACACUCCAUCAAAAUCAACGACUUUUAACACCUUUUCAACAACAAUCUGCUACAAAAUUUUGUAUUCCUCCAGCUUUUCUCGCACAAAAUCAUCAAAAUCUUUUAGCCCAAAUCUGUAGUUUACAAAUGACUGGGUUUUUUACAAAUCCGAUAACUGCACCAAAUUUUCAACAAACACAAAUACGUGAAAUACAGCCAAAUGCAGCAAUGUCUCCGUCAGAAAAAAAUUCGAGAGGUCCAGAAGGCUGUAAUCUCUUUAUAUAUCAUUUACCACAGGAAUUCUCAGAUUCUGAUUUGUUUUCACUUUUUUGUAAUUACGGUCCAAUUUUAUCAGCAAAAGUCUUCGUUGACAAACAAACUAAUUUAAGCAAAUGUUUUGGUUUUGUUAGUUUUAACAACGCAAACUCAGCACAAAAUGCAAUUAUAGGAAUGAAUGGCUUUCAAAUUGGUAAUAAGCGCCUCAAAGUCCAAUUGAAAAGAUCGGAUAUGAAACCUUACGAGAAGCCAUCUAAUUGA